UAUGACUACAGUGUCUGUGGAUUUUUUACAACAAAUUACUCUUCUAGGUAAGCAGUUUUUAUUAAUUUCAAUAGAUCCAACGAAUAGGAAACAAACUAUCAUAGAGUUAAAGAAGGUCCUCACCAAGCCAUUGCUAAUUUCAGAUUAUAAAAAAAUUUGGAAGGCUCUCUAUUAUGGUAUUGCACUUUUUAAUUGUAAGCAAUGUGGAGCUCAGACAAGUUUCAAAAUCAAUAGAUCCUUGCAACUGAAAUUUCAUAGCUAACAAGAAUGUUCUACUCUAAUUUCACUGCAUUCAUCCAAUUCUCUAGAGCUAUGUUCUAUGUAUUUAUGCUAGAAUGGGAGAAGAUUGAUUACUGGCGAAUUAAUAAAUUUAUGCUUUUAUUUAGAGAAAUCAUAGAAGAGUAAAUUAAAAUAUGCAAGCAUUUUAAUUGGAAGACAGUUCCCUAAAUAAUAGCCUUAUAUAAUGAGACUGUUUUGAAUCUUACAGAAUUUCAAACAGGUAUGAUUCCAUAUCUUAACUCUUUUUUAGUAUAAGGAGCAUCAUUGCACUUCAUCCAAAUAUUUGUUUAGUGUAUGGCUAAACAUAUGAGUGAUUCUACUGUUACAUAUGUUCAAGUUAAAGAUCUUCUUGAAGGUUUCUUAGAUAUUCUUAAGCACAGUCCAAAUAAGACAUUAAGAGAUAAAACAAUUUAAUAUGUAUAUGAAUACUUAGAAGAAAGAUAAGCUAAUGAAUCCUAUUUACCAGCUUUUGAUUCUAAAAAAUAUGGGAAUUAUGUAUUUAAAUUAGCUUCUUCAGAGUAAUACAAUAUUUAUUAUAUUUAGAAAUGUUAAUCCAUAAAAUAGGAAGUCUCUUUAUAGAGUUGCAGAGAUUUUUAAUUUUAAGGGAGAAUAGGAAGAAUCACCAUAAAUUUAAGUAGAAGAAGCUCCAAAAAAGAAAAAGACAAAAAAUAAUAAUUAAGAAAUUCAAUAAAUACAUAAACCAUAAGAAACAUAAUAAUUUGAAGAAAAUUAUGUAUAAUAAUAAUAAAAUGAAGAAGAAUAAUUUAAUUAGUAAGAUGAAUAAGAGGAAUAAGUGGUAUAAUAAGUACCUUAAAAAGUAUAAAAAAAGAGUGGAAAAGAAAAAGUAAUAAAAGAAAAGGAGUUAUAAUAAUAGUAAUAAAACAACACUAAAAUUAAAUAAAAGGAAGAGAAAGCAAUUUUGAAAUUACAUAAAAAAUAAGAAGAACAAAUCAAUUCUUAGUAUUAGUAAGAUAGUUCAAUUCAAGAUGAAGAUACUAUUGAAGGUGAUGAUUAUAGUGAAGUUAGAAAGAAUCCAAAUAAAUUAAAAACUUUAAAGGAGAUUAUGAAUUCUGUUCCAGUGUAUUUAUUUAUGAAUCCAGCUGAAAAACGCAAAUACUUUAAAUCUAUAAAUAUGAAAUUUUAAGAUGCAUUAUAAAAAGAAAAAGGAACUCAUUGUACACACAAUAAGAGUGUCCACUUUGAUUUAGCUAGAAAUAAAGUGAAAAGUAAUAAUUGUGAAUUUAUUUUAUUAGCUUUCAAAUAAACAGACAAUGUGCUAAGAAUUUCUAAGUCAUGAA